CACGCUGCUGUUGGGUCCUCGCACCGAUUGUGAAGAAAUUACAUGGCGUCGCCUCGAAUUCGCGCAAUUGCACAGUAAAUGUGCACUGCCGGGAAGAUUCGGAGUGGAGGGUGCGCAUGCUGUGGCUUCAGCGGCGUGACAUUCAUUCAUUCGCCAGUGAUUCCUCGGUUUCUUCUUGCAAGUCCACAACCCCCGGUUACUUGCUUGUUGCGAUCCAGCUCACGACGUCUCUUCAGCUUUCUACCCACUUCACUUACGCUGUGAGUUUUAUGCAUUCGCCUUUUGGAUACGCGUCAGCUCUGUUCUCGACUUCCCCCGCGCCUCUCCUCACUUGCACUGUUUGCUUGGCAUCGUCUCCAUCUAUUGUUGGGAGUUCGCAGCCCCUCAAUUCUCCGUCGCUUGUACUCGAGUACUAGUUAAGGGUUGGCAACCUCUGACCAACUCGCUUUGCAAUGAAUUUUCGGGUUGAAGAUACUUGUGAGUGAGUUGCUCAAAUUCGGACAAUGGCGCCACGAUUAGUUCACUUGCAGGGAUUGGGUUGUAAGCCACUGUUUAGAAUACCUAUCCUGGAGAGGCUGCAGGGGAAUCCUCUCCGGUGCAGCAGAGGCCGCUGGUUUGGGGUGUCGUUUUGUGGUUUUGCAUGGAAGAGUUAGUUACGUGGAACUAGAGAAUGUCCUGUUGCACUCAACCUUGAAAACAUUGUACAUAAAAGUUGCACGUGGUUUUAGGGUUUAGAGAUGGUUUACAUCGGCGUAAUGGUUCUUUUGUGAGUCUCAUGAUUCAACGGUGAUCCUUCGUCAGCCAGGUUUGCAGGCGCGAGGGCCACACCUCUUUAGAGUUUCUGCCUCGUCACCUUGUCGUUCCCCAGUGUCCUCUCAACCCAAACUUGAUUUUUGUGAGCUGAUAGUCUAGUAGAAUCCCUGGCUUGUAGGAAGGUGCCACACUUCAUUCUAGUGAGCUAUGGAGCGAGCCCAAGAGCUGGAGAAAUUAAAGUCAACGAUGGAGGAAAAAUCCACAGUUGUGGGGGAUCGUGGACCUCGUCCUCACCGGUGCAACGAUCGCUUGGAAGAUUUUGUUCAGGCGUUAUUUGAAGGAGAUCCUAGGAAAAAUCUUCCUGGGCCAGCUAUAUUAUUUUGGAGAUGCUACAAAUCAAAACCAGGGGAAGAACCAACAGAACCGUUUUUCUUCCUAGAAGAAGAUAAGAACGGGAAGCUUGUCCCUAAAGGGCGAAGAUAGUAGUGCGGAUGUUGGACCUUUUCUCUUUUCAUGUUUUUCUGCCAUUUUCAGAACUUGGUCGAACAACAGCUCCUUCAAGGUACGUGGGAAGAAUUCCUUGGAACUUGAUUUGCAUUAAUGUUUCCUUACGUAAUCACCGUUCGCUAAAAUUUGCCUCUUAAAGAUGUAGAUCAACCAGUUGCGUUUUCUCUGACGCAUUAAGUUGUAUCUAAUGUAGGUCGUCAAAUCCACCUUCAAAAGUUCCGCUAAUUCCGUAGGAACUUCGGGAUAGAGAACUUGUUGAAACUGAAGAGAUUAGAUCGCUAUGUUGGACAUAUUUUUUUCAUUUACUGUGGUACGAUGAAAGACAUGCUGCUGAAGUUUAGAACAUACAAUUUCGAUUGUCAGUGAUUAUUAUUUUUGUGGCCUGUAGUAUUCUAGUCCAAUGUAAUGUGCCACGUGCAACAAUUUGUUGUGGAAACUUUUUAUUGAACCUUUUGAAUUGUAGGAAAGCCGCUUCUCAAUUUUGUUA